AGCAUCCCAAUACCAUUCGUAACUUUCAGAAGUGUAUGUUUUUCAACCACAUAUCUGGUUUCGUAGAUAUCCGAUACCGUUCCUAGUUCAUCUUCCAAAAACACUACCAUAGAAGCACGGCUUUUGAGAAGUAGUGAACUCCUCAAUCAUGGCCGAGCCGGGAGAAUCUCCCGAGGAGCUCGCGGCCUGGUCGGCCGAACUCGGGGAGAAGGGAGAUGCCGCUGCGACGGCCCUGCAAUCCCGCAUGCGCGCAAAACAGGCCAAGAAGGAAGUGGAUGAAUUGAGGAAAAAGCUGGCAGAUGUACUGCGAAUAUUUUUUUGUUGAUGUUGGAUGAUGGUGUUUUCCAUGGUCAUGGAACAUUGGGAACUUUGUGAAGCUUUUCUUGCAUGAGUGGAACAGAAACUUAUCUGCACUAUCAGGCUGAGAACACGGCCAUGGUAGCAGCCGAUGCCGCGGAGGGCUCCUCAGCCGCCGGUGACGGUGAAUCACCAGAGGAACUGGCAAAAUGGACUGAGGGUCUCGGCGAAAAAGGCAACUCUGCUGCAACGAAGAUGCAGGCCAGACAGAGGGCAAAACAGGUAUUGUUUCAUUUGCAUCAACACAACACUUUACAAACAUGCAUGGGUCGUGUGAAAUGUGUACGUCCUCGGGAUCAUUGAGAUUUUGAAGAAACGCGAACCUAGUAUUCUUGUGUGUUGUGCACCACUCCCAUUCACACGUCAUCAAUUAUCAGGCCAAGAAAGAAGUCGACGAGCUGCGCAAGAAGCUUGCAGACGCCCAGGCAGAAGAAACCACGGCCGUAGACAAGGCCGUCACGGAUGCAGCGGCCGCGGUCGAUCCAGACAGCCCCGAGGAACUCGCAAAAUGGACCGCCGAACUGGGGGAUAAGGGUGACGCAGCAGCCACGAAAAUGCAAGCGAAGAUGCGGGCGAAACAGGCAAAGAAGGAGGUGGCGGAAAUAAGAGCAAAGAUUGCGGAGGUACUUAUCAUCAUCAUGUGACGUAGACGUGGUGAAUGUAGUUUGUUGCAAAUUUUAUACUGGGCUUUAGCUGAAAUUGGAAUUGGAAUCAUGAGCAUGCUCAUCUUGAUCGUGACACCAGAGACUGUUUAAACGCAUCACUUCACAGGCUGAAGCAGCGGCCGCUGGCAGCGCUAGCGCCGACGGAGGGGACGGCGAAUCACCUGAAGAGCUGGCAAAGUGGACAGCAGAGCUUGGCGCCAAGGGUGACGCUGCUGCGACAAAAAUGCAGGCUAGGCAAAGGGCAAAGCAGGUAUUGCGAAUCAUCAUCAUGCAGCGAGAUUCUUUGUUGUCAUGUUGCAUAACGUUAAUACGUAACCCUGUGUUGUACUAUACCAAAAACAAAAACUCUGAAUUUCACACCCUACCACAGGCCCGCAAAGAGGUCGAAGAGCUGAAAAAGCAGCUGACGCAAGCCGAGACGAAAGAGGAAACUGCCGUCGCUGAAGCAGUAAAAGCUGUCGAGGUGGACCCCGAAUCCCCCGAAGAGCUCGCAAAAUGGACCGCCGAGCUCGGUGCCGCGGGAGAUGCCGCUGCCGCGAAAAUGCAGGCGCGACAGCGCGCCAAGAUGGCAAAGAAGGAGGUGGACGCGCUCCGGGCGCAGCUAGUUGCGGCGGAGAAGGAAGAGGAAAAAGCAGAGGAGGAUGGCGAUUCACCAGAAUCUAUCCUGAGUAAAAACGUACCCACACCAGAGUCAAGAUGGGGAAUCGGCUAGACAAAUCCACAAGUUUUGGCUGUUUUGCAUGACAAAUUUGGAUUCGUAGCAUAGUGCUGUUUCAGCUAGCUCAGCAGCAUCACAGAUCUAGCAUACCAUGCUGAUUGGAGCAUGACAAAUUGCAAAACACGACUAGAAAAUGCUUCUCAUGGAGCUCCGCAUGAGAAACAUUUUCAGCAUGCAGAUUUGCAUUACAACUCUGGCGUGGGUACGUUUUUACUCAGGAUAGAAUCCCUAGCUGCGUGGACCGCAGAAAUGGGGGAGAGGGGAGAUCUAUGCAUUGCAAAAGCAUCGUACUAGUAGUAUAAAUUGCAUGACAAAUUUUGGCAAGAAGGAAAGUGAAACUUGUAAUGCUGUUUUGCCCUAGGGAAAAUAUUUGUCAUGCAUAUUUGCAAUUCGUACGACACGAGUACGAUACUUUUGCACAGGAUAAGAUCAAGCGGCGACGGCGCUGCAGUCACGGAUGCGGGCGAAACAAGCGAAAAAGGAAGUGGCGGAAUUGAGGAAACAGUUGGCAGAUGUAUUAUUUGUUUUUAUUAAUACGCAAUGUGUUGCAAAACAUGCAAGACAGACGACCUCUGUCAUGCGCAAAAUGCUUGCGAGUAUUAAAGUAGGUGAUAUUACAACUAACUAAACUUAGUGCACCCUACUUGACUGCGUGGACACUCAUGGUGCACCUGCCACGCGCAUAAUGGAUGCAACAACAAUUCGAUCUUCUAGUUCUACUGCAAUAUCAUUUUCAUCAUGCAAUUAUUCCACAUGACAAAUUUAGGCCGCCGCAGCCGAGCAAGCGGCAGAGGCCCAAGCGGAAGCCAUUCCGAGUUCCGACGAGUCACCGGAAGCGCUCGCCGCCUGGGCGGCAGGGCUGGGUGCGAAGGGCUAUGAACUGCAAAAGUAUCGUAGUACUCGUAUAAAUGCAUUACAAAUUUCCUCAGCAUGAGAAAUAAAAUUUGCCAUGCGGAUUUACCUUGAAAAAAAAAUUUGUAAUGCAUGACUGCAACACGAGCACGAUACUUUUGCAGAGCAUAAGGGCGACGCCGCGGCAACAAAGAUGCAGUCGAUUCAACGCGGAAAAGCCGCAAAGAUAUCCUGUGCAAAAGUAUCGUACUCGUAUUGCAGUCAUGCAUUACAAAUCUUUCUGUUAAGAAGGCAAAUCAGCAUUACAAAGUUUCUUUCUCAUGCUGAGGAAAUUUGUAAUGCAUUUAUACGAGUGCGAUAAUAUUUUGCUAUGCAUAAAAGAAAGAGGUCGACAAAAAGAGGCAAGAAAAAGUUGGAAGCACAGUUAGAUACCCGAAUCCAGGUACUCUCAAAUAAAUUAUGCUUUCUUGCUUUCAUUCAUGUAGGUACCUCCAGCAUAGGUAAUCUGACGAUAUAUUUGUUGUGCACGUUCAGCUCACUCAAAAACGAAAACAAGUAGAAGAACGGCAUGCAGACGAACAUAUUGCAAUAAAAAACCCGCAUGAUGAUCUUCACAAACCACUCCACAGCCGAGGGCAUCCCAGAACCCACCGUUCCCGAACUCCAGAGGAUACUCGAGAAAUCCGUUUCCACCGGCAAGCCCUUCGAGGACCCCCGCUUCCCCCCGGCGGUCAGCUCUCUGUACACCUGCGAGGCCAGCCUAAAAUCCGGUGAAAUUGACAGUUUCACCCGGUCACCGCAGAUACUGCAGAAAGAGUCCCCAGUCAACAUCUUCCCCGACAAGAAGCCGUGCAGCGACGCACCAGCACACUCGCUGCAGUCGAAUUGGCUGAAAGCGGCGAUUGCGGUGAUUUCUACCAGACCGGACUUGCUCGGCAGGAUAUGCACGGCAAAAGUAUCGUACUCCUACUCGUAUAAAUGCAUUAUACAAAUUUUCUCAGCAUGAGAAAUAAAAAAAUUUGUGAUGCGGGUUUACCUUAAGAAAAAGAUUUGUAAUGCGUGAUUGCUAUACGAGUGCGAUACUUUUACACAGGAUACAGGAUAUUUUCCAACGAUUUAAACUCCCACUGGAAGCAGAGCGGAUUGCUGGUUUUGUCGCUGUUUUACGGGUUCGAGUGGAAGUCAAUAGCCUUGGACUCGUUCAUCCCCUCGGAUUUAGAAACGAAUGGGGCGCCGCCGUCUGAACUCUGGGCCGUGUAUCUGGAGAAGGCCUUUGCGAAAAUGCACACCAGCUACGAGGCGAUGGUGAACUAUUUCGAUGCAAAUGGAAUGACGGGUACUUAUCUUCCUAUGUUAUUGUAGAUUACUCCACGUAGAAAAUUUGCAUGAACGCUUGUUUUGUAGUACGAUUUCAAUUUGGCAUCAGCACCACGACCUUCACUUCUUCCUCUUCCGUACCCAACAUGAUCAUCCAAACAACCAGCUUACGAAGCCGCCCUCGUCCAAAUGUCUGGCGGUGUUAUGGAGCGCCAAACCGACCCGGGCGCGAAGCUGGAUUUCGCGAAACUGCAGGAGAAGUUUUUCACCGGAUCUUUAGUGUCUAUCUACUGCAAGGAGAAGGGGAACACUUUCGGCCUCUGCCCGGGCUGCCCGUACGGGAUUUUGGAUAUGGUGGAGCAACAGGGAUUUCAGCUGAUCCGCCUGAGAAAUCCCUACGGUGCGAGCGGGAAGUAUGCAUUGCAAAUAUGUCUGGGCCUGGAAACUUGUAAUCAUGCUAAAAGUGGAUAAUAGCUGGACUGCAGUACGCAGCCAAGCAUGACACAUUUUUGAGCUGCUAUGUGUUGCGUAUUCCGCAUGAGAAACAACGUUUUUGCGUGACAGAUAAGAGAGCCUUUUCGUCCCCAUGCAUCCCAGAUUCUCGAGUCAUGUCAGACAUGCAUGACAAAUGUAAGAAUCUUCCAGACCCAGCCAUAUUUGCAAUGCAUAGAAAGUGGCAGGGCGCGAUUCCGUUUGGGAAAAAAACGGAGUUGCGGGACAAGCUAGUAUCAAAUGUAAAAAUGUCUGGGUCUGGAAAAGUGUAGACUUGUCAUGCAGAUUUUCCAUGACCCAUGAGGUCUAGAAUGCUGGACAUAGCAUGACAGACUCUGCGAGGUCUCUGCCAUGCCUAUCCUGCAUGAGAAACUCCCUUCCAACUUGGUCAAAAGUGUACAGCUUUUGUGCAACACAGAUUUUUGCAUGAUUCAGAUUUACCAUGACAAGUUGCAAUCUUCCAGACCCAGACAUUUUUGCAAUUCAUAGCUAGGAGCGCACAACAAAGCGGAUGAUGGAACGUUCUGGAUCCACUUCAAGGAGUUAGUCAAUUUGUUCGACGGGGGGAUGAUUUCUAUCUGCCGGCUGUUCAAGCAGGAAUACCGUACUUUGUUUUCGAUUUUUUAUUUUUGCACUUUCUACUCUUUCUCACAUGCAGGUGGAACUCGAACGAUCCUGAGUCUGACCUGAGGAUCCUGGAUCCAUUCACGAAGAAAUAGCAGCACAUAUUCGUUAUGGUCAUCGUUUUCGAGCACUGGCUGCUGUGCAUUUUUGGUAAUUCUACGUCAAUUUUCAAUUUCCCUCAACGACAACUUCACACAGAUCAAUACGCGGUCCUCGGUAACUUCGAAGACGCCAGGGGUUCUGGCCCCGCGGAUCCCGAAUUCUGCUCGAAUCCGCAGUACAAGCUCACGAUCAACAAGCCAACGACCAUCUCCGUUUCUCUCCUCCAGGACACAACGUUGAUGGCCACGGGCGGAAACGCGAUCGCCGAGCAGGAGCCGAUCUCCUUAGUCAUGUACAAGGCGAAAGGACAGCCAAUCCUCUGGGAAUUUCCCGAUGAGGAACUCUGCGCGGUCGGGACGAGCUACAUCAACAACGCUCAGGUGAACUUCGAAGCGACGAUCGACCCGCAGUCCCUCUCCUGCUCCCAGUUCAUGCUGGUUCCGUUCCAAGCAACCACGAAGCCAGAAACCGGGAAGUUGUUCUGCUUGCGGAUUUUCGCCGACAGUGAGGUGUCGAUAGAGAAGUGCGCAAAAUUGUGCAAGUACCAAUUCCCGUUAGAAUUCACGAACCAAAAUUCCGGGGGGAAAAGGUCGAAAAAGAUAGAAGUCCCGGUGGAGGAGGGCGGAACUAGUCCGACCGCAGCGGCUGGGAAGGCCGGGGAAACCUCAGCCGCGGCCGGCGGCGGUGGGGGCGCGACAAGUAGUAGUGCCGCGGCAGCGGCAGCCGGGGGGCCGAUGCAGACGGUGGUGGUGGAUAACCCAGCGUGGGGGAAAAAUCCGCAGUUGGUGCUUGGGUACAAGAAACCAGCGACGGUGAAGGUGGUGAUAGAGAGAAUAGUCGGGAGGAAAAAACCUGUGGGGGAAAUCGGCGCGACGGUGUGCAGAUUAGUCCCCGCGAGUCAGCCGGAUACCACAUUGCAGCGGGUAAAGAAGGGCAGGUUACCGGACGAGUCGGCAAAUUCGAAGGCAAUGAACGAAUUGGACAACAAGUUCUUGAAAAGUAUACGACGAUAUGCAUAUGAUUUAUUUUCUUUGUCUUUGUCAUGCAAAAUGCUCAUUAUAAUAAAUUCCGCACCUUCACACUUUCUUCAUGUUGUCGCAUGACAAGAAAAUCGGAUACACGAAAUUCCUAUCAGGAAAACUGCAAAUCCUCCCGAACGACUGGGUAAAGGAAUGCCCCUAUGUCGAGGACAGAAGUGCGGUUUUGUGCGCAACGACACCAGUCCAGGGGCCACUGUUGGUUGUGCCCAGCUUGAGUGAGGAGGGGAUCAUCGGAAACAGCAUGCUGACGGUGUAUUCGGAUAAGGAAAUCUACAAGCACGCCAGGCUACCUGACUCACAGCACCCGUUAAUCUGUAUAAAGAGAUGUCUUUUGUUUUCUGCUAAUCUUGAUACAGAUGAAGAUGAAGAUCAUGCCGCCGAGACCGAGAGUCGUGGUUUUAUUGUUCUUUUUGUCUUGCCCUGCGUGUGCGUAGGCGUUCCCACCCCCAGCAUGAAGCAGAACCGAGGAUACCUCCCUUGCAAAAAUGUAAAUGAAUACCACCAAUACAACAGGUUCCGUAUGGAUUGCAAAAAUGUCUGGGUCUGGAAGAUUGCCAAGUUUGUCAUGCAUGUUUCUCAUGACACAUGACGCCUGUAAUGCAUGACCUAGCAUCACGGGUUUUUAGAACCCUUCCUGAUGCACCACCCGCAUGAGAAAUGCCCUGUUCGUGCAGCACAAACUGUACCCGUCUUGCUGGUCAUGCAAUACAAAUUUUUUUGGAGUCCAAAAACAGCGUCACAAGUUACAUUCUUCCAGACCCAGACAUUUUUACAUUUGAUAUUCCGAAUGGACCCCCGAUUCCGCCGGCGGUUGCCACAUCUACUACCCACCGUAUGAGCCCCAGAAGACCGCGACGUGGGGCAGGAAUCCCCAGCUGUUCCUGAAAGUCCCACAGAGGACGAAGAACGCGAAGAUCACGCUCGCCAGGUGCGAGAAAUCCUGGCGGCAGAAAAUCGUGAAGGACCCGGUGGGUUGCAUGCUCGGGUUUUAUUUACUGAAACUAGUAUACGAUCAGCACAAGCAGGUCGUGAUCAGCCGGGACAUUUUGGUCUACGAAACCACCUUCUCCGCCUCCCACGAGAUCGCGCUGAACGUACCCCUAGACGCGGGGUUUAUCGAAAGGAAAAAUCCCCCCUCCCCAUAUCGAAAACGAAAUUUGUGAUGCUGUAUUUGAGUACACAAAUCGACUUGCAAUGCUAGAAGGCCAAGAGACGCAGCUUUGGCCUCGUUUGCAGGCAAUUUGUCACGCUGUUUCCGACUUCCAGCUGCCCCCUGUCAUGCUGAAGAUGCAAGGCGUUCCCACGCCAAACAGCACUACAGUCCGCAUCUUUUCCCUUCUAGCUUGACAAAGCUGAUUUGUGGCCACAAAUCUGCACGAUCACAAAUCUCUAGUUUGAGUAUGGGGCGGGGGGAUUUUUCAUUUUGAUAGGGUUUUACACCAUCCUCCCCUGCACCUACGAUCCGGGAAAAUGCGGGGAAUUCGUCGUUUACGUGAGCAUAUGAAUUGCAAAAGCAACGUACUAGUAUGAAUUGCAAUACAAAUUGGAUCAGCAUGAUUACAAAUGCAAUUUGUAAUGCGGAUAUGCCUUAGGAACUAGAUUUGUAAUCCAUAAAUGCAAUUAGUACGAGUGCGAUACUUCUGCACAGGAUAGAGCACGGAAGAUGAGGAAUUAACGAUGGAACUAAGCAGCAGGCCGUUCGCGAUCGAGUAGCUGACGCGGUCGGGGGGAUAGGAUUUUGGAGAGGGUUCCUGGCAGGAACUCGGUUGAUGAAGAAAAAGGAAGAUAAACAUGAGCUCUAGCAGCUGUAGCGACACGUAUCUCUACUCGCACGUAAAAAUUUGAAUCCAGGUACAAAAAUCAAUAUUGAUACUCAAGCAGUAGAAACGCCUUCACUUGGAAAGGUCGUAUCGUCACAGAAAUUAAGAUUAGCAUCGUAUUUGCAGCUCCAGUUUCUUUUUCUAGCAGAUAAUCAGACCCGGAACAAGAAACAAAAACUAUUUGCUUCGAUAGAAAUAGCUUUGAGUCAAAAGUUCCUUCCAGACAGAAACUGUGAAAGAAAAUCUCGUAGUAGUUUCGACUUGUUUGCGUAGUCUUCAUCUCUUCGCAAGGCGAAACUGCGCAGCCACAUCGGCACCAGGUUGUAAUAGUAGCCGAAGUAUUAAAAAUGUUUCGUGCAAUAAUUUAUCUUUUUCUUUUCGAAUUGAUAGUAUGAUUGGACCUGUACAAUUCAAGUUUCGUCGAAGCACACUAACAAUGAACUAUGCAGAAGAAGAAGAUUCAGAGUAUGCUACGCAGGAUUUGUGUCCCAGGUAAGAUCACUCCUUGCUAUUGAACUGAACAUUGAUGAUGUACAAAAUACACAAGAAGUGUGAUGUUUCCAAGCUUCAAAC